CCCAGCGCUGUUCUCCACCUUCAUCGUUUUCUCGCUCCACUCCACCUCAUUCCUGAUCUCAAAACAUAGCCCUGAUCUGUUUCUGCUCGUUGUAACUAAGCAGUUACCUAUUCAUAAAUCAACUACGCUCACUUUUGCCGUCGCCGCGCAGAAGCAGUAACCAUUCUUCUUCCCUAUCUUCUGCCUUACUUCCCUCUGCUGUGGUAGCCUACACAAAACACAUAAUGGUCCAAACGAAACAGUCAAAGGUCAAGAAGCGAUCGCUGCUGACACUCGGCGCAGUCGCGGCCCUGGCUACCCUGUGCCUGGAUACGACGCCCGUCGAUGCGGCCGUCAUAUCCAUUGAUUACGGUACUGACUGGUUUAAGGUCGCGCUGGUUAAACCCGGUAUUCCUCUCGACAUCGUCCUCAAUGCCGAAUCCAAGCGCAAGACUCAAUCUGCCAUCACGAUCCGUGGCAACGACCGCGCGUUUGGAUCCGAGGCCCUCAGCUUGGCCACUCGAUUCCCACAAGACUCGUUUAUUGGAUUGAAGAGAAUCCUGGGUCGUGGUUAUGAUGAUGAUCACUGCGUCGAAUAUCGCAACACCUUCACCAACAACAUGAUCCAGGAUCAGGUUCGUGGAACCGCGGGAUUUGAAACGACAGCUGGAGUCAAAUACACGGUUGAGGAAUUGGUUGCCAUGCAGUUUGCUCUCGCCAAGCAGCAGGCCGAGGAGACUGCUGGAGAGAUCGUCAGGGAUGUUGUCAUUACUGUUCCUCCAUAUUUCAGCCAGUUUGAGCGCCAGGCUGUGCUUGACUCCGCCGAGCUAGCUGGACUGCACGUUCUCUCCCUGAUCAACGAUGAGUCUGCAGUCGCUCUCAACUACGCUACCAGUAGGACCUUCCCUACGGAGCAAUGUCACAUCUUUUACGACAUGGGCGCAGGAAGUACGGUUGCCAGCUUGGCCUGUUUCCAGGACUUGACUGUCAAGGACGUGGGCAAGUUUAACAAGACAGUGCAGCAGGUGGAGAUCAAGGCUGUGGGCUACGACCGCACCCUCGGUGGACAUGACAUUGAUGUUCGCCUGCAAAAGUUCUUGGCCGACAAAUUCCAAGAGCAGAAGGGAUCCAAACUCAGCACACUCGUCAUCCAGAAUGAGCGCGCUAUGGCCAAGCUUCUUAAGGAGGCCAACAGAGUCAAGCAAAUCUUAAGUGCUAACAUUGAGACCAUGGCUUCGGUCGAGAACUUGAUGGAAGAGAAUGACUUCAAGAUCAAGGUCACUCGUGCUGAAUUGGAAGACUUGUCCAAGGAUCUCUUUGUUCGUGUCCGUGGACCCAUCGAUGCUGCCUUGGCAGAUGCCAACAUGAAGCUAUCCGAUAUCCAAUCGCUCGUGCUGGUGGGAGGUGGUGUUCGUGUUCCAGCUGUUCAGUCCAAUUUGGCUGCUGUUGUUGGCGAGGAGAAGAUUGCGAAGAAUGUCAACGGAGACGAGGCGGCGGUCAUGGGCGCCGUAUUCCGUGCUGCCAGCUUGAGCAGACAAUUCAAGGUGAAGGAAGUCCGUCUUAAGGAUAUCUCGCUUCUCCCGGUUGAAGUCAAGUACACAGGAGAGGCCAAGGAUACUGUCACACCCGGAAAGCCCUUCGUGACCCCUAUCUUUGCCCCAAGGUCCGUCCUGGGAACGCGCAAGAUCAUGAGCUUUAAGCGCGUGACAGAUUUCGGAUUCGAUCUGGAGUAUGGCCAAGUCUCGGAGGCACAUGAGGGAGAGCUCCGUGAGAAGCAGAUUGCACACAUUUCAUUGUCGGGAUUGACGGACGCCAUCAACAAGUUCAAAGAUGUCAGCGUCGCGACUCCCAAGGUCAAGGUCACGAUUGAGCUCUCGGACUCUGGUGUGUUGAGCGUCCAGGAGGCGAUUGCGACCAUUGAGACGGACGGCACCAAGAAGGCGACUUUGGCCGACAAGGUCAAAUCGUUCUUUGGCGGAAACGACAAGAACGAGGAUGUCAAGGAUGCUGAGCCCAAAAAGAACGAUGGGGAGCAGGAGAAUAGCGGCGAAACCAAAGAGCAGGACAAGGACGAGCCUGCUGGAGAGAAGAGCAAAGAUAACAAGACUGAGCAAAGCAACAACAGUACCGAGGUUCCCGGUAAGAACGAAACCGUGCCAACAACCCAGACGGAAAAGGUGGUGUUGAAGGUCCAUACUGAAUACAAGGGCAUCGUACCGUUGACCACAUCGAGUAAGAAGGAGUCCUUGAGCAAGAUUCAGAAGCUGGAUGCCCUGGAUGUAGCAAAGCGCGCACGUGAGGAGGCUAGGAAUUCACUCGAGUCCUUCUUGUAUCUCGGGCGUGAUUUGUUGUACAGGGAUGAGGUUAUUGAGGUGUCAACAGAGGAGGAGCGUGAGAAGUUGUCUGAGAGCCUGUCGACGGUUUCUGAGUGGUUGGACGAUAACGAAGAUGCGGACACGGUCGAGUUUCAGACACGUCUGAAGGAUCUGCGCAAGUUGGAGCGUCCCAUCUCGGUCCGCGCCGCUGAGCGCAUCUCGAGACCCAAGGCAUUUGCGUCUCUCAAUUCAUCUGUAACGAUGGCCCGAUCUGUUGGUGAGCGCUUGUUGACAGGGGAGGGUGCGUUCCAUGAACCCGAGGAUGUUCAGAGGCUGUUUGAUGCGUGCGAUGACGUGUUAGCAUGGAUCAAGGAGAAGGAGACCGAGCAAGCUGCGUUGCCGUUGUGGAAGGACGGUGUUGUGACAACGCGCGAGAUCGAGCAGCGUGGCAACACUGUGGAGCGAGAGAUGCACCGGUUGAUGAGCAAGAAGAAGCCAAAGGUUACGAAGAAGAAGGAGGAGAGCACUAACUCGACAGAGAAGGCGACGGAAAAAGAGAAAAAGGAUGAGAAGGAAGCUAGUGAAGAGAGCAAUCCGUUGGAGGACGGGCCUCAGAAGGAGGGAGAAACAGCUGCGCCCGAGAAGGCAGAGGAGCGAAGCGAACCUGUUGUCGAGCCCGUGAAGCACCAGAAGGACGAGCUUUAGAUUAGCUAGCUUAUUGUCGCACAUUCACUUCGUUUAGCACCCUAUAUUAAACACUAGAUCAGAAACCAACAACAUAAAAGCUUUACC